AUGAAGUCGGUGAUUUUGAUUUUAGUCAUCGCCGUCUUGAGUGUCAAAUCGUCGCCCCCCGGCUACAAGUAUGUGUGCACCAAAACACCGACUGCCCAACAGUUCUCGCCGAUAAAGAGCAAUUGCGAUUUCGCCAAUACGAGGGUUACUCCGGCGUUCAUACCGAAAAUGAGCUACGACACGGCACCGGGAAUAACCGGGAACGGCUCGCCCGACCCUCGACCUUUUGGCGAGUACGGGGGCGCUUUCUUCCCGGUUGGCCAGUGCGGGACCCAACAAAAUGGCGGCGUGACCGGGAGCACACCGGUCCAGGAGGACCCGCCCGGGUUUGACGGGAUAGACGAACCGGCAUCGGGGAACGCGUGCGACUGCGGCGCGGCCCCGGUGGCCGUGGACGCGGUCUCGCUGAUGCUGGCCCAGGCCGAGGCCAACCGGUGUCAGGACAUCCGCGAGGACAGGCUGCCAUUCGGGCCGAUCACCGUGCCGAAAGACGCGUUACCCGUGGUCACAACGGUCGACGUCAACGAAGAAGCCCUGUACGCCCUGGACAAGCCCAUCGUGGAACUGAAAACGUGCAAGCGUUUCGGCCAGUGCGCUAUGGCAUCCGACACGGACGCGCUGCUGGCCCUGGAAGAGGACGAGCAAUUGGAGGCCUGCGCCUCCGGUCCGUCGGUGAGCUUGCCCACGUACGAGCAAGUCGGGUACCAGAUAGUGAAACCGGCGUGCGCUCCCCUGGUGGGCGGUCAGAACUUGACGCCGGCCGUUCCCGAACAGAACGUCAUCUACAGUGGCAAUACGAUGCCCGCUGGCCUAGUAGGCAGCGGAUGCCAAAAUUGCAAACAAGACAAGUGUCGAGGUCCAUCUACUUGCCAGGUCAGCGUGUAUGGCCGGUGA